CUCACACACACACUCACACACACACAUACAGGGAGGUGAGCAGCUCGAGUGCUUGAAACGUUCUCCAAGGCACCGGCCACUCAGCUCAGUGUAAUGGACAGUGACGAUGAUAAUGUGGAGGAGACGGUGGAAGGUCCCCUGGAUGAAGAUAACCAGCCACAUGGGUUCUGUAAAGUUACCUAUUCCUGUAGUGACAGAUUUGAAGGGCAUUUUAUACAUGGUGAGAAGAAUGGUCCUGGGAAAUUCUAUUUUUUUGAUGGCAGUACACUGGAAGGAAAGUGUGUUGAUGAUGCUUUACAAGGACAAGCUGUAUCCACCUAUGAGGAUGGCAGUAGCCUUCAUGGUACCUACAUUGAUGGAGAAUUGAAUGGCAUUGCCCAUGAGUACGACUCAGAGGGACAGUUGACCUUUAGGGGUCAGUACAGGGACAAUGUUCGAUGGGGCGUUUGCUGGAUGUAUUUUUCGAAUGGAGGCUGUCUUGUGGGUGAAGUGAAUGAAGACGGUGAGAUGACUGGUGACAAAAUUGCUUAUGUGUAUCCUGACGGCAGGAUGGCGUUGCUUGGAAAAUUUGUUGAUGGGGAGAUUAUCGAAGGACACCUGGCGAAUCUGAAAUGUGUAUCUGAAGGGAAGCCUCAGUUUGAACUGCUACCAAAUGGCCCAGUUUACAGCUUGGACAAGUCUACAUCUUUUUAUAUUUCCAUCAAAUGUCUCCUGCCUGACCCUUACAAAAAUGAGAGGUUAUUCAGAUUUUUCAUAUCAUUUAACUUUCAAAUUAGAUUAUUUAUAGAUAGCCUGUGCAUUUCAGCACAUUUUUAGAACUUUGCAAUUCUUUUGCUCUUUCUUUAAUACAUUAUUUUUGCCGUGUGGUCUGUCUGUCCUUUUGGGUCAGUCUUUCGUUUACCAUUCAUUUGGAGGGAAAGUCAUUCCUUUAAUCAUAGAACGUAGUACAGUGGAGGAACAAGACUUUUUGACCCACGAUGUCUGUGUUGACCAUUACAUCAAUUUAAACUGCACAUCUGCCUGUGCCUGGUCUAAGUCCCUCCAUUCCCCGCUGGUUUUAGUGCUUGUCUAAAUACAUUGCUAUUGUAUCUGCUUCCACCUCCUCCGCUGGCAGCAUGUUCCAGGCUCUCCUGUCAUCAGACUAUUGAAAGAACCG